AUGUCGUUUAAGUUCCCCACGAUAUAUGACUUUCCUCCAUUUUUCACUAAGCAGAUACAUAGUCAAACGCUGGAAACACAGAAAUCUCAUUGGAUCCAAUUGAUAUUAGAUUACUGCCAGUACAACAAGAUCUGGAUACUAUCGUUGAACGGGGAGUCAGGGGACUCAGCAUUGGACCACGUGGAUCCUCAGGACGAAGAUGAUGACGAUGACUACGCAGAAGUUACCAAGCAAUCUAUCUUCACGAACAACAAGAUUGAUAGAAGCUUAAAGAGUGAGUUCAUUAUGGAGAUCUACAACGAAAUGAUUUCCAAAGAGAAAGCGGAAUGGGUGAAUCCUAAAAAUCACAAGCACGGAAUCAUCGUCUAUUGGCAUACAUUAGAGGAGUGGGCAAAUAUAAUAUUCGAAUGGGUAAGUGCAUCUUUGACUUGUAUACUGACCUUUAGAUUGACAUUACAGGGCAGAGCAACACUGUGCUGA